CCUGAUCUUUUUCAUGUAUAACUGAUAUGUUCUUUGCCACAUCACAAAAUAUCAAUCACUUACAUUUAUUUUCCAUAGCGAAUUUAUGAGGGUAAUAUUCUGUUCUGCUGAAAAUUCUGAUCUAGUUCACGGCUUAGCGCUUUGGUUAUAAAUGUACACGUAAUACUUCUAAGAAUUUAAUUUAAAUAUUACAAUUGACUAUUUUUUGUCAUCAAAGGGCACUUAAGCAAAAAGGUAAUAAGGCCGUAACGGUCUUCCGUAGUUUUGGUUCAAUAAAUUACGUACAGCGCAGCAGUCUUGUCAGACGGGACACAUUCCGUCGGUGAGUAGAGCGAGCGCAUGUACCGCUACGCUGACCAACUUCCACAUCUGUUCAGCGCUGUUCUUACAACCUCUCCAUCUGAUGAUUCCUCUGUACACGGCGCUUCAGCCCUCUCUCAAGGAACUUCACCAACAGCUUAACUCCACUUCAAAUACGAAGAGUCUGAAUUCGAUACUGUGCGCCAAAGAAAAGAUGACACUUGUCACGUGACCUCAAACACGCGGGCUUCUGGCAGGAGUUAGUGAGUUGUGUGUGGCAAUGGCUUCGAAAAACUAAAACGGAUGGACUUUACUUUUACGUUGAAAAUCACCUUGUGAACUUUAACUGGACCUGUCAGUCAUGGAUGGCAUCUGGAGCCUCGGCAGGGUCGCACAUUUGGUGUUACUAAUGCAAGAUCUGAUGCUGUACACCGGUGUUGGCUCAGUGGAAAGGUACUCGGUUAAGCCGAAUUACCGCUAUGGCGUCAUGCUCGAUGUGGGAAGCACGAGCACCAAGUUACGUCUGUACAAAUGGCCCAAGAGAAACAGUAAAACUGAACUUCCAAACAUACAUGAUUUUUACGACAAAAGGUACAAACCGAGUCUGACGUCUUAUGCUAAUGAUCCGGAGGCGAUCUCCGCUUACCUCCAGCCAAUCAUCGACCGAGCCAAGGAUGUCAUCCCUGUCGAUAUGCAUGCGGAAACGCCCAUUUACGCUAUAGCAACAGCAGGAAUGCGCAUCUUGAACGCCACCGCUUCCAGUCGGGUUUUUAGCACUGUACGCACUCACUUGGCUAACACCUCGCUCUCCCCCUUCCUCUUCUACCCACGACAAGCUCGGAUCUCUUCCGGGGAAGAAGAGGGGGUAUUCGCCUGGAUCAGUGUUAAUUACCUCAAAGGGGCAUUCUCCGGAAAGAAAACUUUACCCUCACAGUUCACGGGUGUGCUGGAAAUGGGUGGAGGCUCCACGCAGAUAACAUUCUUACCAGGGGGACCGAUUUACGCCGGGAAAUUUCCCGUUCAGAUCGCUGGUCGGAUUUACCCGCUCUAUACCCAUAGUUACUUGAUGUAUGGACAAAACUACAUGAUUAAGAGAGUCAACAAUCAUUUGACCACCCAGUCCCCGGGGGCCAAGGGGGUCUACAACCCAUGCAUGCUUAAGGGAGAUUCCCGGGAUGACUUUGAGUGACUAUCGUUGGCUCUGGUGAUUAUAUGAAAUGUGAAACUUUACUAGCCUACUUCCUAAAAAGCGCUGCCGAUAACUGGUGCUUUCCGAAACCCUGUGCCAUUGGUCGGACGUACCAGCCGAGCGUCAAAGGGAAG